GCCAGUAUGAACUGGGUGGGCGGACACAGGCAAAGAAUCAUGUUUAAACAUGAAAGAAGAAAACAAAAGGACUUUUUUGAAAGAAAGAAACUCAAAUCCAAACUGAAGUUGUUACAACCAACACAGGCACACUCUUCUAUAAGUUCAGAUCUUCUUAAUCUACAUGUUGUUAAUCAAAUAUGCAGCAAAAAAGAAAGAACCAUAACUCUGUUCCUGGAAAGAAAUCUCUUUGUAUUAAAGAAGAUUCCAUUUUUAAAAAGCUGUCAGACGAUGAAGACUUUGAAAAUACAAAUACUCCAAGAAAUGGCAACUUUGGUACUAAAUCCUACAGAAUGCAAAGACUAUCUGAAAUUACUCCUGCAUUAG